GGAGGGGUCCCGGGCCCGGCCCCCUGCCCGGAGCUGACGGCCGUGCCUCUGCCCCGCUGCAGUCGGAGGAAGACAAGCAGCUGCAGGAUGAGCUGGAGAUGCUGGUGGAGCACCUGGGGGAGAAGGACACGUCCCUGUACCGCCCUGCGCUGGAGGAGCUACGCAGGCAGAUCCGCUCCUCCACCACCUCCAUGACUUCUGUGCCCAAGCCCCUGAAGUUCCUCCGCCCACACUACGGCAAGCUGAAGGAGAUCUAUGAGAACAUGGCUCCUGGAGAGAACAAGCGCUUUGCAGCUGACAUCAUUUCUGUGCUGGCCAUGACCAUGAGUGGGGAGCGGGAGUGCCUGAAGUACCGCCUGGUGGGCUCCCAGGAGGAGCUGGCCUCCUGGGGGCACGAAUACGUCAGGCAUCUGGCAGGCGAGGUGGCGAAGGAGUGGCAGGAGAUCGAUGAGGCUGACAAGGCCCAGAGGGACACACUCCUGACACUGGUCAAGGAGAUCGUGCCCUACAACAUGGCGCAUAACGCGGAGCACGAAGCCUGCGACCUGCUCAUGGAAAUCGAGCAGAUGGACAUGCUGGAGAAGUACAUUGAUGACAACGCCUACGCCAAGGUCUGCCUCUACCUCACCAGCUGCGUAAGCUAUGUGCCCGAGCCCGAGAACUCGGCUCUGCUGCGCUGUGCCCUGGGCAUCUUCCGCAAGUUUGGGCGGUUCCCGGAGGCGCUGCGCCUGGCCCUCAUGCUCAAUGACAUGGAGCUGGUGGAGGACAUCUUCACCUCCUGCAAAGACGUGGUGGUACAGAAGCAGAUGGCUUUCAUGCUGGGGCGCCACGGUGUCUUCCUGGAGCUCAACGAGGAUGUAGAGGAGUAUGAGGAUCUCACUGAGAUCAUGUCUAACGUGCAGCUGAACAGCAAUUUCCUGGCCCUGGCCCGGGAGCUGGACAUCAUGGAACCCAAGGUGCCAGAUGACAUCUAUAAGACCCACUUGGAGAACAACAGGUUUGGCGGCAGUGGCUCGCAAGUGGACUCAGCUCGCAUGAACCUGGCCUCCUCCUUUGUCAACGGCUUCGUCAACGCUGCCUUUGGGCAGGACAAGCUGCUGACCGACGAUGGCAACAAGUGGCUUUACAAGAACAAGGACCAUGGGAUGCUCAGCGCUGCGGCCUCACUGGGCAUGAUCCUGCUGUGGGAUGUGGAUGGGGGCCUCACACAGAUUGACAAGUACCUGUACUCCUCUGAGGACUACAUCAAGUCGGGCGCCCUGCUGGCCUGUGGCAUUGUGAACUCAGGGGUGCGGAACGAGUGUGACCCUGCACUGGCGCUGCUGUCCGACUAUGUUCUGCACAACAGCAACACUAUGCGCAUUGGUGCCAUCUUUGGGCUUGGCUUGGCUUAUGCCGGCUCCAACCGCGAGGAUGUCCUGACUCUGCUGCUCCCUGUCAUGGGUGACUCCAAAUCCAGCAUGGAGGUGGCUGGCGUGACGGCCUUGGCCUGUGGCAUGAUUGCUGUGGGCUCCUGCAAUGGGGACGUCACCUCCACCAUUCUCCAGACCAUCAUGGAGAAGUCUGAGACGGAGCUGAAGGACACUUAUGCUCGCUGGUUGCCGCUUGGCCUGGGCCUCAACCACCUGGGUACAGCCGGGCAGGCAGGCACUGUCUGCAGGCUGGGGCUGGGCUGGCCUUGCUGCUGCCCCACAGGGAAGGGGGAGGCAAUCGAGGCUAUCCUGGCGGCGCUGGAGGUGGUGUCGGAGCCCUUCCGUAGCUUUGCCAACACCCUGGUGGACAUCUGUGCCUAUGCUGGCUCAGGCAACGUGCUGAAGGUGCAGCAGCUGCUCCACAUCUGCAGUGAGCACUUUGACUCUAAGGAGAAGGAGGAGGAGAAGGACAAGAAAGACAAGAAGGAGAAGGAGAAGAAAGAAGGCUCAGCUGACAUGGGGGCCCACCAGGGUGUGGCUGUGCUGGGUAUCGCGCUCAUUGCCAUGGGGGAAGAGAUUGGCGCCGAGAUGGCUCUGCGCACCUUCGGCCACCUGCUGCGGUAUGGGGAGCCUACGCUGCGCCGCGCUGUGCCCCUGGCCCUGGCUCUGAUCUCGGUCUCCAACCCACGCCUCAACAUCCUUGACACCCUCAGCAAGUUCUCACAUGAUGCUGACCCUGAAGUCUCCUACAACUCCAUCUUUGCCAUGGGCAUGGUGGGCAGUGGCACCAACAAUGCCCGGCUGGCAGCGAUGCUGAGACAGCUGGCCCAGUACCAUGCCAAGGACCCCAACAACCUCUUCAUGGUGCGGCUGGCUCAGGGGCUGACUCACCUUGGGAAGGGGACCCUCACACUGUGUCCAUACCACAGUGACCGGCAGCUUAUGAGCCAGGUGGCUGUGGCGGGGCUGCUGACCGUGCUUGUAUCCUUCCUGGACGUGCGCAACAUCAUCUUGGGCAAGUCACACUAUGUCCUGUAUGGGCUGGUGGCCGCCAUGCAGCCACGCAUGCUGGUGACGUUCGAUGAGGAGUUGCGGCCUCUGCCUGUGUCGGUCAGGGUGGGGCAGGCUGUGGAUGUCGUGGGGCAGGCAGGCAAGCCAAAGACCAUCACAGGCUUCCAGACGCACACAACGCCAGUGCUGCUGGCACAUGGGGAACGGGCUGAGCUGGCCACGGAGGAGCACAUGCCCGUGACGCCCAUCCUGGAGGGCUUCGUCAUCCUGCGCAAGAACCCCAACUAUGAUGUCUGAGCCUGGGGCUGGGGUGGGGCAGGGGCUGGAGGAGGUGGGGAGGGGAAGGGGCAUGUGCUCAGCUCCUCGCUGCUGUUUGUUACUGAGGAGCUGGUAGGCAAAUAAAUCUAUGGGAGACA